CUCACCUGGAUAUCCUCAACUUCGCACGAAGAGACACAUAGGGCUGUUUAUGAAAAAAAGCACCCUGGUACAGGGGAUUGGUUUCUCCAAGAACCAAAAUUUCAGGAGUGGCUUUACAGCCCAAAGUCCUCCCUUCUUUGGUGCUAUGGCAAACCUGGGGCUGGGAAGUCGGUAUUAGCUUCGAAUGUUAUCGAGACAGUUAUCGAAACUUUUGGCCCAGAAAAAGCAGUCGGAAUAUGUUACGCCUAUUACGAUUACACCGUCGCAAGCUCGCAAGGUUUUGUGCGUACAAUUUUGUCCCUUAUUAAGCAGUUAUGCCGGACGUCAGCAAUUCCCGACGCCUUCAAGAGCAUAAAGCGGAAUGCCGACCCAGCUUCUACAUUAGGCGACCAGCAUGGUUUUUCAACAGUUGCCAAAAGUUUCACAGAAGUCUUUGUCAUGAUCGACGCGCUCGAUGAAUGC